AUGACAGCGGCUGCACAUGCCUUCCCGGUUCAGCUCCGGCAGCCCUCAGUCAGCGGCCUCUCACAGGUCACCAGCAGCCUGUACAUCAGCAGUGGUGCGGCCGCCAACAACAAGCUAAUGCUGUCCACCCACCAGAUCACCACAGUCAUCAACGUCUCGAUGGGGGUGGUGAACACCCGCUACAAGGACAUCCAGUACAUGCACGUGCCUGUGGCUGACAGCCCCAUCUCCCGCCUCUGCGACUUCUUUGACCCCAUCGCCGACCACAUCCACAGUGUAGAGAUGAAGCAGGGCCGCACGCUGCUGCACUGCACCGCCGGUGUGAGCCGCUCGGCCACCCUCUGCCUUGCCUACCUCAUGAAGUACCAUGCCAUGUCCCUGCUGGACGCCCAUACGUGGACCAAAUCGUGCCGGCCCAUCAUCCGGCCCAACAGUGGCUUUUGGGAACAGCUCAUCCACUACGAGUUCCAGCUGUUUGGCAAAAACACUGUGCACAUGGUCAGCUCCUCGAUGGGCAUGAUCCCUGAUGUCUAUGAAAAGGAGGUCCGUUUGAUGAUUCCGCUGUGA